UUGAACUCACAGCUAUCAUCUCCUUCCACGAGUCAACUCAAUCAAGGACGUACACCUAUAUGUAUAUAGCUCCCGCUCCAAUCCAAUGGCCAUCUCCUCCGGACACAUCUCACAGUCACAGGUCGCCCUCCCGCGCGCGCGCGCGUGCCGCUCGUUCGAUCGAUCUCCUCGGCGACAGAUGGCUCGGCUUCUGGUGGUUAAUCUCCGCGUGCUGCUGCUCGUUCUUGGGGCUUGGACGGCGCCGGCGGCGGCCGCCGGGGUGCGGCUCUCCGCGCUCGCGAGGACGCUCGUCGUCGAGGCGUCGCCCCGGGCCGGGCAAGUGCUGCACGCCGGCGAGGACGCCAUCACCGUGACGUGGUCGCUGAACGCGACGGCGGCGGCGCCCGGGGCGGACGCCGGCUACAGGGCGGUGAAGGUGAGCCUCUGCUACGCGCCGGCGAGCCAGGUCGACCGCGGGUGGCGCAAGGCCCACGACGACCUGAGCAAGGACAAGGCGUGCCAGCUCAAGAUCGCCCAGGAGCCGUACGCCGCCGCCGGCGGCAAGCUCGCGUACACGGUGGAGCGCGACGUCCCGGCCGCGUCGUACUGCGUGCGCGCCUACGCGCUCGACGCGUCCGGGGCGCAGGUGGCCUACGGCGAGACGGCGCCCUCGGCCUGCUUCGCCGUCGCGGGCGUCACCGGCAUCACCACGCCGGUCGAGAUCGCCGCUGCCGUGCUCUCCGCGUUCUCCGUCGCCGCGCUCGCCGUCUUCUUUGUCCUCGAGAACAGGAAGAAGACCGAGUGAUUGCUUGCAAGUAGUUGCAAGUCAGCUUGUACUCAGACUGUAUUGCAUUUUUCCCAUUUUUAAGAAGGUAUUAUGUGGUGUCACUGUUUUCUAUAUAAAAAUAAGUGUAACUGUGCAGUGUAUUCAAGUAUCUAUCGCGUCUGGAACAUACGAAUUAGGAUACACGGUAGCAUAUGCUACAAUAUCUAAAGCACGGUGUCUAUAGUAUUUAUGCCACUAUUUAUGGUAUUUUUACUGGUCCACUGUAUAAACAGCUUCUGUACGCUGUAAUGCAGACG